AAAAAUUUUUUCGUACGACUUUAUCAAUACAUGCACAAGUUUCGGUUUGGCCGGUUGGGUCAUAGUUUGUUUGGUCGUUAACGACCACGUGGUGCGCAGUCAUUGUGCGCAGUGCAGAUAUCCGCAUAAAUUGUCGAUUUACUUCGAAGGCGACAUUUUUGGCGCCAGUCAGUCCAAUAUGGCAGACGAAAAUCAAUCUGGUGACAAACAAGGAGAUGAAGCAACUGAGAAAAAGCAAAAAUGUUUAGUAGGAGAAAGUGAAAGUUUAAAUCAAGAACAAAAAGAUGGUAUCAUAAGCGAAAGAGAUUGCUCAUUCAAUGGUGAGAAAGACAUAAGUAAAGAUACCAAUAAAGAUGAAAGCAAAUGUAUAGCGGAAGAAAAAAAUGGACGAAUCAUUGGAAGAUGAAAGCAAAGCUGUAGUAGACAUGAUUCACUUUCGUAUUAUUUGGAACAAACAGAACUAUGAUGUUACGUUUGAUCCCAAUGAGACAGUCAGAAACUUAAAGAAACAUAUUGAAACUUUAACAGGUUUGCCAGUUUUAAUGCAGAAAUUGAUGUUUAAAGGUCUUGUGAAAGAUGACACACAGACAUUGAGUGAUUUAAAAGUGACAAAUAAUACAAAGAUGAUGGUGAUUGGUUCUACUAUGAAAGAUAUCCUGAAUAUUCAGCCGUCUGCUAAGUCAUUAAAAGAAGACACUUCAUCUUUUGUCACGUCAAAAGAACCUUGGUCAAAGCAGAAGAUGCAUAAAAAGAUUCUUGAUAAAGGUAAACCAGAAGAUGUCAUGCCUGGAGAUAAGAGUAAAAAGGAACCAUUACCUAGAACACCAAUUUCUGGGAUGCUGAAUAAAGCUGCUGGGAAAGUGAGACUCACCUUUAAACUUGAACUUGAUCAACUAUGGAUUGGAACAAAAGAGAGGACAGAAAAAGUAUCUAUGGGAUCCAUAAAGAAAGUUCUUUCAGAGCCAAUAGAAGGACAUGAAGACUAUCAUGUCAUUGCAAUACAACUUGGACCAACAGAAGCAUCUCGAUAUUGGGUAUACUGGGUUCCAGCACAGUACGUUGAUGCCAUUAAAGACACUAUAUUGGGGAAAUGGCAAGCUUUUUAACACAUCAACAUGUCUUAUUUAUAAAAAAUCUUAAUUUAAUGUUGUUGCAUGUUUUAAUUCCCUGAAAGGAUUUCCUUGCAAUUAUUGUACAAGUAAAACUUCUUUCUGAUGGAAAACCUUUAGAGGCAAGAUUUAAAUGAUGCAGAUGGAAUAAUUUCUUACUAUCAGGUUUUUUUAUCGUAAGAUGAACAUGAGAAACCUAAAAUCGUUUUUCAUUCAAAUGUUACUGAAUUAUUACUCACUACACAUUGUUUUAAGUGUUAAGUAUGCAUUUUCUGUUAUACAGCAAAGGAAUUUAUGUUUGAUAAAGCACCUUA